AUGAACCGCCAGUUGCGGGCGCUUGGGGCGCUCCGUUGCGGAUCCCUGGGGCUACGCCGUGCUCCCAUUUCUGGAGGCCAAAAGCUGCUCCAUUUUCGUACUGUGCAGGCGGCCGUUCCUGUUUUCGCCGCGCCCUAUUCACUAGACAAUCGGCGCUUUUCCACCUCCGAAUCUGCCCCGCCGACACUGGAGUUGACAAUGACCGACGGACAGCUCACAGACGUUGCGGCGGCGGUGACUAGCGGCACGGGCAACGAGCCGUGGGCUAUUGUUCAGGGUGUGCAGUCGGUACUAGAGACGGUGCACACGACCACGGGGCUGCCCUGGUGGGCCACGCUGUUGCUUUCGGGUGUGACGGUGCGAGCUGUCAUUUUUCCAUUUUACGUGCUCCAGAUCCAGGCCAUGCAGAGACUGAUACAGGCGAGACCGGACUUCAGUAAGCUGCACUCGGCGUACAAGUACGCGCGUACAUUUACCCCUGGCUCCGACCACAAGGGGCACCUCGACGCUAUCUUGCUAGGACGUCAAGGCCUCAAGGCAGUGAUGAAGAAGUACAACACGCGGCCCAUUCAGACCAUCAUGGGGUCUGUUGCGUACAUUCCCAUCUUCGUCCUUAUGGCAUACAGUGCUCGUGACAUGGUACGCUCUGGGAACUUUGCAGGAUUCGACUCUGGUGGUCUACUGUUUUGGAAGAACCUCAUGGAGACGGACAGCACCUAUGUACUGCCGAUUCUCGCUGCGACGUCAACUUACGGCAACUUGGAGCUCUCUGUGCGAAACAAAAGUGGGUUCUGGACAACAUUGCUUCAGGGAGGCCAAUAUAUCACGAUCUUUGCUGUCCCAGUCCUAGUCAAUCUGCCUCAGGGUGUUUUCUUCUAUUGGCUGGGGGCCUCGUGCUCGUCCAUGGCUCAGACCAUCGCGAUGAACAACAACAACUUCCGCCGACGUAUUGGACUCAAGCCCCGAAUCACAGAGACAAAGCCACCUGCUGCAGCUGUAGCUGAGAUGCUCGGUAAGGCGUCGCCCGAUACCACCGGGGGUGCGGCGGUCGUCAGUACGGCGCCUACAAAGUCUCAGCAGUAA